AGGAGGAAAAAGCACCGCCUCGUCCCGCUUAAGGAGCAGCCUCCGUUCGGGGCCAUUCGGCGGGGCCGCCCGGCCGGGCCGCCCGAGCGGGCGUUACCGUUCAGCGCCGGUAACGCCCGAGGGCGAGGAGGGCGGACCCCGGCGCUGGAGUCGCCUUCGCUUGUUUUGAAUUCUUCGCUUCGUUUUGAAUUCUUCUGUCGUAUUUAGAUAGACUUGUUCGCGAGAUGGUAACAUAAGUGAGGACGAAGGGAGUCCGUAGCUUAAUUAACAAGGCGAUGCUUUUGGCGAGGUUAACAGUAUCUAAGGCAUUAGGUAUUCAGGUGUAAACGAGGUCAAGUUUAAAUUGGUUUGGUAAUGUUUUGGUGCGGUACAGGAAUAGCCGUUUUCUCAGCGAUCGUGUUUUUUAAUUGAAAAGAUGGGCCCUGGUACUCUUCCCUAAAACCGAGCAAGCAAAGAUGUGUGAUCGUGUUGGCGCAGUGUAAAAGGAUUGCUGUUCUGGUCAAAAUCAGGUGGUGUGGCUGAUGCUGUGGCCAAGGCCUUGUGCUCACACACUGCAAAAGGCACCCGUACAAACGUAUGCUUUUGUUACUCUCCCAUCAUGGAUUUGAAGUCCUGAGAUGUGCAGAUCUCCUCGGUGAAGGACUGCAGGUGACUAUUGGCCGAGGAUUAGAUAUCACGUACCAGCUGGUGUCAAAAACCUGUCCCUUGAUGAUCUCUCGUAAGCACUGUGUCUUCCAGCAGAAUGCAGAAGGGCAGUGGACUGUCAAGGAUAACAAGAGUCUAAAUGGAGUUUGGCUUAAUAAACAGCGCCUGGAUCCAUCAAAAGUCUAUCCUAUUGCUGAAGGAGACCGUAUUGAGUUGGGAGUGCCUUUGGAAAACAAAGAGACUGCUGAAUAUGAGUAUGAAGUAAUUAAAGAUGAGUGGGAGAAAAUUAGACCCUUUUUAGCCCAAAGAAGUGACCUGGGGAAAGCUAAGAGUUCAAGACCUAAACGUAAAUUUAGUUUGGAGGAAUUGGAGACAUGUGAAUCAGAAGGCCCUUCAAACUCCAGAUGCAAAAGAGACAGAAUGUCCUGUGGCAAUGAACCUUUAGAAAAAUCAUGGGGACAGGCAGAAGAGGCCAGACGGCUCACAGAGAAGAUGGAUGUCAAGCUGCCUUCUCCUGGACCCAGUGAGGGGGAUAGUGGUCCAGUGCAUGGUAGCCCUGUUCACUCCAAGAAAGCUGUGACUGUCCCCCAGAAGGACCAGAAAGGCUCCGGUCUUGUAGAGUCAUGGACUGGCUUGAAAAAGCUGAGGAAAUCUCUAGAAGAUACAAUGAAAUUAAAGGUCAAAGUGCAGGAGAAGCAGACUGCCGUUCUAAAUGUCAAGCAGAAGCACAGGAAGUGUGAUCAGAAGGAGAUCCUAGUAAUGGAGCAGGAGCUGCAGGAGUUGCAGAACCAACUCUGCAUGGAACAAGAGCAUCAGCAGCAGCAGGUGGAAGAGCUGGAGAGGACAUUCUGUAAAGAGCAGCAGAAGCUAGAGGGAGAAAAGUGUCAACAAGGGGAAGAGAAUCUGAAGGAGCAGCUGGCCCAGGUCCUGCAAGAGCAUCGUGCUUUGAUGGAAGAACUGAAUCGUAAUAAAAAAGAUUUUGAGGAGAUAAUUCGAGCCAAGAAUAAGGAACUGGAAGAAACAAAGGAGGAGAAGGAAAAGGUGAGAGCCCAAAAAGAAGAGGUGUUGAAUCAGAUGAAUGAUGUGUUGGAGAAUGAGUUGCAGUGCACAAUCUGUUCUGAGCACUUUAUCGAGGCGGUCACUCUGAACUGUGCACACAGCUUCUGCUCCUACUGCAUCAAUGAGUGGACAAAACGUAAAGUGGAGUGCCCUAUCUGCAGGCAGGAGAUCAAAUCAAAGACACGCUCUCUGGUGCUGGAUAACUGCAUUAACAGGAUGGUAGAAAAACUGGAUGUGGAAAUGAAAGAGCAUCGCCUGAGCCUUAUCAGAGAGCGGAAAGAGAAACAGAAUGCGAUGGUGAAGCCAGCCACAGCCAGUGACAAUGGUGUCCCUUCUACCACUUACUCCAUCUUGUCAACGAGCAGUUGUGACAGUGAGGACUCUGAGGAGGAUUCUUCCUAUAGUGAAAGCUACUAUGUUAUCUGAACACUGUUACUGCAGACUCAUUGCCCCGUGCUAUCUAGAACCAACCUAAUGGUGUUUGGUUGACUGCUGCUGGAGGAGUGGACUGGGCACCUGGAAGGACCUGUGAAGAGGCUGGAGCUAUAAACUAGCAGCAUUUGGAAGAAGGAUCUUGUUUUCUAAAUGAAUGCACAGAAGCUUGAUCUCUAAAACAAAAUUUGGUUUAUGAGAGAACAGACUGCCAUUAUGCUGGCUGAUUGACUUACAAACCCUAAACUUCCACGUUAGCUUGUGACCUGCUCAGUGUAAUGAAAGAGUUUGUAUUGCAUCAUUGCCCUUUCCUUAAUGAAUUACAUGUUUACAUCAGCAUCCCUUAUUUCAGGCAGCAGAGGGAAUGUCCCAAGCAUUUUGAGAACUUGGCCAUCCCCACCAGCAGGCCGUAGAUAGGUAUAGCAGGAAAAAGUGCCAGUGUGGGUUUUCCUCUUGAAUUUCAUAUGGCAACUAGAGUCAUCCCUGGCCUUUGGCUUUGCAGGUGAUAAAGGGUGGGAUAUGGACACUGUUGGCUGCAAGUGCAUUGUAAGCUAGCUGCUGGCCAUCGGCUUGCUCUGUUUAUGUAGCCCAUUUUCCAUUAGAUAGGGAUAGAGGAGAUGAAAUCUUCCAGAAGUCUUUAGCUAGUGUUCUUUUCAUUUAGUGUCUUUGGUUUGUUCCCUCUUCGAGCUUUCGCAUAAAGGGUUUUAGAACUGUGAAGCAGCACAUCCAGAAAUUUUUAGCAGUGACUUUAAAAACAUUAUCAGCAGCAAGAGAGGAACCUCUGCAUCUUCAGGUGUGCUGCUCUCCAAAUUAAUGAAACGUCCUGUUGGCAGGGUAGGAAAGCAGCAUCUGUAGACAACCACAAGAUACAGAAUGAAGCACUUCUUUUUAUUGUUUACAAGACAUAACUGUUGAGCUGUGGGUUGUACUACCCUCAUGCCAAAUCACUUGUUCAAGAGAUUGAUCAAGUCUUGCCUCAUCCUAUCAUGUAUUUGUCUAUUGAGUUCCAUUUUCUAGUGACUUAUGCUUUUGACUUAGCUUUUACAUGGAACGGACUCUUACACUGUGAGAACAGGAUGGGGAAGCCCUUCUCAUCUGUAAUAUUUCUUUGGCUCUUUGUAUAUACCGUUUUGUUUCUAUGUUUGUUUAAGAACAAAAAUAUAAAUCCAUUUCUGCAUUAUUCUUCUUUGGUGCAGCCACUGA